GACUGCCUGUAGAAGGUGUAGCCGAAUAAAUGAGUGAAGAGAAAGUACGUAUCAGAAGAAUGGCGCACGAGCCCCGGAGCGACCGACUCUCCCCGGCGGUGGGGUUUGCCGUGUGCAGCCUGGCAGUGACCGUGGCCGUCCUGCUCGUCACCUUUCUACACAGCGGCCAGGUUCAGCAGUCGGACGUCGCUUCCCUCAGAGAGCGGCUUGCCUCGGUGGAAAAUGAGCUGUCCCACUGGAAGGAGAAAUGUCAAGACAAGACGAGCGGCCAGGUUCAACAGUCGGAGCGUCUUGCCUCAUUGGAAAAGGAAUUGGGUUAUUGGAGAGAGAAGAGUCAGUCACUUCUGGAGCGUGUAACGGUGGUGGAGACAAAGAUGCAAGACGGGUUCUGGACGGGACAAACUUCGACACUCGACACAGAGGCUGACUCAUUGUUGACGCCCGGAGGCCCGAAGACGUCCGACAGCGGUGCGACCGGAGCCGAGAAGGACAAAGACGUGCCCAGAAUCAGGUCAAAGAGGCAAGCCGUCAGCGCAAACACUGUCAGGUUGCCAAUAUCGGGAUGUAUGCAGGGACCACCCGGCCCCCCUGGGGCUGUCGGACGGGACGGUCGGGACGGGGUACAGGGACCCCCGGGGCCUGCUGGCUGUGGCUUCUAUGGAGAAGGUGUACAGCGACAGAUAGCCACUUUAGAACGUGGACUUGAUGAUGUGGAGAACAAGACUUCCCAGACAGAGAGGCGCCUGGCGUCUCUGGAAGGUCAGCAGCAGGAAGAGAUAGGAAGUGUGACCAACCCUGCAGUGUCCUGCAAAUACAUCAAGGACAAUGUGGACGGAGCUCAAGACGGACUGUACCACAUUCGCGGUCCGGGAGGGGUGGUGUACGAGACCUACUGCGACAUGACGAUUGCCGGCGGCGGUUGGACUCUUGUGUCCAGCGUGCACGAGAACGACAUCUACGGCAAGUGUACCGCCGGGGACCGCUGGUCCUCCACCCGGGGUAGCACCACUAACUAUCCCAAGGGGGACGGCAACUGGGCUAACUACAACACGUUCGGCUCGGCGGCGUUGGCGACCAAUGACGACCUGAAGAACCCAGGCUACUUCAGUAUCGACGCGUCUGACGUCAUGCUAUGGCACGUGCCCAAUGACACCCCACUGUCCCAGUACAAGUCUGCCGCCUACCUGAGGUACCACACAACUAACGGCUUCCUACAGCAGUAUGGCGGCAACAUGUACUCACUCUUCAAGGACCAUUUCCCGAUUGUGUAUAACGGUGGGACAACAGCUGACAACGGGCCGGCUAUUCCCAUCACGUGGGACAGAGGCAGUAACGGGCUGGUGACGUCACUCAUCGCUCCGAAUUCAGUUGCAGAGGUGACUCCAGGGUUUGUGCAGUUUCGUGUCUUCAACACUGAACGUGCCCCCCUCGCUGUGUGCCCGGGUGUGAGGUACAACGGUUUUCAUUCAGAACAUGUCUGCAUCGGAGGUGCGGCAUACUGGCCCGAAGUAGCCCCUCGGCAGUGUGGAGACUUCUCCAGCAGGGACUGGGAUGGAUACGGAACACACACCGGCUGGAGCAGCAGUCGGCUGGAACUGGAGUCUGCAGUUCUCUUCUUUUAUCGUUAAAAUAAUUGAUUAAUGACGGGUAAAGGCAACAAACAAAUAAAGAAAGAAAGACGGAUAAAGAAAGAAAGAAAGAACCAGUAACAUCAAUCUUGGCAACAGUAGUUGAUAUUUAGAUUUAUAUUUCAUUCAUUUUUUAGCAUUAGACAAGAAGCUCAUUUGCUUAUCAUAUGUAUCGUCUUCUGCUCAAAAUAGCAUAAAAAGCAAAUGGCAGUCAAAAUAAACAAAGAGAACAUAUAACUCGGGUUGAAAUCAAAAUUAACAGUCAACAUCAUAGCAUAAAAGUGACAAUGAUAACAACGGAGGAAACUUAUAAUUAUAAAAGAUAAAUAUUAGUCUAAUCAACAGCAAUAACGAAACUAACAUAGUUAACGUAAAUCUCUCCUUUUUUAGUGUCUUUGUUUUUUUAGAAACUUCAUGUACAUGUACUAGUUUUUCUCAUCCUUGUUGUAAUAAAGCACCGUUCUUUGUUAUUAUGAUGGUAUAUUAUGUGGGAUACAUUAUGUCAAUACUCCUAACAUUCAUGAAAAUAAAAGCAGUAAAAUUUGGUC